UGGUUUUCGCGCUGCAUCCUGGGUACACAUAGCUCCGCUGUGAUGCAGUGAGCUUGUUGUGUUGACUGGUUACCAGCGGAAAGUACACGGCGGGGAAGGGGUCUGCCACCGAGGGGUGGGCUUUCAGCGAGUUUUACAAUGCGUCUUUCACCGAGUUGAACGCUCUCACACAACCAUGAACCAACUUCGCCGGUCGCCUCGGAACGGACUGAGCCACAUUUGAGCCCCGACGACGAGCGCUUGUUGGCGGAGAGAGCGAACAUGAAGCAGCCGAGCGCUCCGCUCUCUGUUGUCGGCUUGACUGGGGAAUGGUAGCGUGCUGCAGGGACCACCGCACUGGGAAGGAUCAUGGUCGAGAGGAGCAGCAAAUUCUUGUUGAUCGUCAUCGGAUCCGUGUGUUUUAUGCUGAUCCUCUAUCAGUACGUGGCCCCCGGGGUGAUCAAUUUCGGCUCCCCGCACGGUUACUUCACGGAGGACGACGAGGGGGACAUCUUCCCCACUCCGGACCCCCACUACGUUAAGAAAUACUACUUCCCCGUCAGGGACCUGGAGAGGACCAUCGAUUUCCAGAUCAAGGGGGAGGACGUGAUUGUGUUUCUGCACAUCCAGAAGACAGGGGGGACUACCUUCGGUCGGCACCUGGUCCAGAAUGUCCGCCUGGAGGUUCCCUGCGACUGCAGACCGGGCCAGAAGAAGUGUACCUGCUACCGGCCGAACCGCAAGGAGACCUGGCUCUUCUCGCGGUUCUCCACCGGCUGGAGCUGCGGCUUGCACGCCGACUGGACCGAGCUCACCAACUGUGUGCCAGGGGUCCUCAACAAGAAGGAGAACAAGCAGAAGAACCAGAGGAAGUUUUACUACAUCACUCUGCUGAGGGACCCCGUGUCCCGCUACCUCAGUGAGUGGAGGCACGUGCAGAGGGGAGCCACGUGGAAAACCUCCCUGCACAUGUGUGACGGCCGAACCCCGACGCCUGAGGAGCUGCCUUCCUGCUACGAAGGCUCCGACUGGUCGGGGUGCACGCUGCAGCAGUUCAUGGACUGUCCGUACAACCUGGCCAACAACAGACAGGUUCGCAUGUUGGCCGACUUGAGCCUGGUCGGCUGCUACAACAUGUCCACGGUUCCCAGCUGCUUCCAGAGCAACAGAUUAUCAACACCCACCGGCGUCGUGUCUUUCUGUGAUCUGGCAUUAAAUGGCGACCUUGUCUCUCCUGUACAGGUGCAGCGCAUAGAGGAGUUGAACGAGCUGGACAUGGAGCUCUACGACUACGCCAAGGACCUGUUCCAGCAGCGCUACCAGUACACCCGGCAGCAGGAGCGGUGGCAGCAGCGCAUCAAGAACCACAUGCAACAGAGCCACCAGGGCCUUGGCCUGAGCGUCGGCCUGUGGCCCUCCCGCGGCCAAGCUAGCUCACAAUCAACACUGGAGGAGGGGGACAGGGAGAGGGAGGAGCGGGAGGACGGAGAGGAGGUGGGCAGAACGGAGGAGGCGGGCGCCAGGCUUCCCACUGAGGACUACAUGAACCAGAUCAUCAAACGCUGGUAGCAACAGAACGAGAACAAACGACAGACAUGCAUACAUAAUGUGAAAGUCAUGCUCACACACACAUAUACACACGCACUGAGAGAGAGAGAGAGAGAGAGAGAGAGCGAGCGGUGCAUCUGCGGAAAGCGCCUCCUCCUUCAAAGAGACCACAACCAAACGCAGACUACCGCAGAUCUGGGCCGCAAGACUCGCAGUCUUGGGGAGGGGGAGUUGCUAUAGCAACCGGAGGCUGGUAGCUUGCAUCAACUCUCAUUAUUGAGGUUCGCCCAGUUGUUAUCGGCGCCUGCUUGCCCUUUCGCCUCCCUGCCACAUCUCCUCAUUUCUUUGUCUGCCAUCAUCGUUACUUCCUGAGCGGAGGGAGAGCAGAACAUUUUUAGAAGUUGCUGACAACGUCCCCGCUUCUCUUCCCGCGUCUCCCAUCCCCUCUGCGGCCCGGCAACGGGGAGCGGAGCACGAGGAAAGGAGAAUCAGGUCUGUGAGAUUCAAGCAAUCCUUUGCAGAUGCUCCUGUAUCAAGAGAAACUGGAAAAGCUCUGAACAAAGGAUAAUAAGUUAGACAGCGUUAGAGACCGUAUCAGGGAGCAAAAAGAAAAAAAUAAACUGCAGAAAGUUGUUUAAUGAAAGCUCUGCGCUUGCAUAAAGCACCCAUUUCAUCCAUGAAGCAUACAUGUGUCCUGCAACAGUCUUCUUAUUAUUUUUAAGAUGUUUUUAUUUUUGUCUUGGUCCUUAAGCUUUGUUUAAAAGCAAAAUUGUGAUAACCCUGAGACCAACUUUGCUGCCUAAAGAAAAUUCCUUUUUGUUUUUUUAUUUUUUAAUUGUUUUAUAUGUCAAAAAAUGAUUGGAUUGAUGAAUAAUGGACCAUAGCCAUUACUGAAGCCUUUGCUUCUUUUAGGAAGGGUGUCGCCAGUGUGUCUGAUAAAGGUUCCCAAAGCUCCUGUCACUUUAACAAGUUCAUUAUUUUUGCCUUUUCUCUCCGUUUUUUUUUUUUUUUUUCUUCACUUGGUGCAUCCGAGUCCUGCAAAGAAAGACAGCCAAUUACAGAACCGGAUCUCACAUAGGUGUGAAGAAACCAGUAGCAGCGGGGCGGGGUGGGAGGGGCCAGCAAGUGAAUGUGCUGCGGGUUGUUGCCAGGAACCGUGCAGCGCAAGCGGCAAGCGCUUUGGAAGCCUUAACUCGGACAAAAAUGCUUGAAAUGGGAGCUGGAGAACUACCGGUCACCAUGGCAAUGUGAGCUCUUAAUGUAGUGGGUGGCAAUUUAGCCUCUCUUCCUCUUCUUCUUCUUUUCCUGUCUUUUUUUUUUAUGUCUUGACUGCGUUGUAAAAGCAGCCAUCUCAUGCAAGCCUCUGUCCCACCUUCCUAAAGGGCAAACGUUGCCGUGGUGACCUGCAGCUCGUCAGCGCAAAGAACGGACGGGGUGAGGUAGCAGUGCCUCUAUGUACUUGGAUCAUAGUCAACAUAAUUAUUACCAGAUAUUAAGUCUGCAUUGUACUACAGUAAUUUCCUUGACUACUUGUGAGUUUGUGAGAGUGUGUGUGUGAGAGGGUGUGUGUAAAUAUAGUGUGUGCAGGAAGCCAGACUGGUGUUUGCCUUUGUAAAUAGUGAGAAUGACCGACAGAGGAUGUUUGUGAACGACUCGUUUCAUGACCAAUUGCGUUGCCAUUUUUAUUUUUUUGUUGAUAGAUCACUCUCAUGCAAGUCCUUUUCUUGUCUCCUUUCCAUGUUUUGGUUGGAACCCACAAACUGUAGCUUUACACUAUUGCUAAUUGUACAGUAAAAUGACCAAUCUGCACUUUUAAUCCAGCUUUCGAACCUCAGCAUAUCCCCAUUACUGUCAGUCCUGCACCCCUCCAUGUGCAGACCUUACUGUGAAAAUAAUGAUCAUAUUUUGAAACCGUUUUGCAGCUGCUUGGUCAUAUCUUCAAAGGUACUUCCGCAGUGCCAUUAGGUUCCCGGCUUGUUUACCUGUACGGAUACAUGUUUGCGUGAGGUUGAGUUUCCACAGACUUUUGGGCUGGAUGUUGACACGCGGCCAGCAGCUGGUUUAGCCCCAGGUGUGCAUUUUAUUCAUCUCUGCGGGAAGGAGAUGCUUGAGAUAUCUUCAAAAAAUAUUUGGAGACACAUCUUAUGUUAUUUCCCUCCCACCCCCUCUACAAGGUUUGUGUAGGAAACCAAUUUUAAGUGAAUCAUAGACCAAGGCAUGAAGGUGAUGGCUGCUGUGCCUUGCAAAAGUAACUGCAACUCUUGAGCUUAAAAACUUUUAAGUUUAUUUUGAGGGGGACUUUAUGUUAAGGAGCAACACAAAGUAGAGCAUAUUUAUGUGAAGAAAGAAAAGGGAUGUGCAUUAACUGCAAAAACAAAUAUCUUGGUAUACUUGAGAAAAACCAACUUACAAAUGAGAGAAGGUUGUUUUAAGUCAAAAAAUAAAAUUAGUCAAUAAUUUCUUAACAUUGAAGAAAACGUACUAGUUCCCCUAGCAGAUUAUUUUUAUCUGUACCAAGACAUUUUUCCCAUAAGUGAAAUAAUCUACCUGUGGAACUAGCACUUUUCCAUAAAUAUUAGGGAAAUAUUGACUUAACGAGCUUCUAUAUCCUGCUGAAAAGUUACUUGUAAGUUAGUUUAGUCUUAUUUCAAACAUACUGAGAUAUUUGCAUGAGAAACUAGAUUAAAACUACUUGUUAAAUUUCUUGCACUUGUGUUCUGGCUGCUCCAAUCUGGACUUGUUGAACCCUUUUCUGCUCCAUUACUUUUACCUUAAGUCUCUUCAAAUCAAUACAUAUUUGCAUAUUUUUCUUUCUUCCACACAAUGUUUUAAUUUUGGUCUUUUCUGACCAGGCCAGCAUUGCAUCCAUGUGAGCAGAGUCUGGCUGACUGGACUUUUUGUAACUUUCUUUCAUCGACAGCUUUCUUCUGGCCAGACACAAGUAGUAGUUGUCCUGUCAACACACUAUCUGCAGAAAGUGUCCUUUUCCUCUCACUUAAUAGUUGUGCAUUACUUUAAUCGGCCUAGCACAUAAAAUCCCCCACAGAAAUGUUGAAGUUUGUGUUUGUAAUAUGACUAAUAUAAAAGUUUAAAGAGUGUGAAAACCUUUGCGAGCUGCUGUUCACAGACGGUUAAUCUUGUGUGGGGGGGGGGUCCCCGUGUUUUGUUAAUGGGAUACGCUUAGAGAACUGCUCUUGAAAAACAAAGUCGUGUGUUGAUAGUGAAAUAAACAUCCUCGACAUGUUCGCUGCCUGUCUGUGUACAUUCGUUUCACAUAAAGCAACAAAUGCUCUGUUGUAUGUUGACUCCAAACGGUAUUAAAAUGAGUAAUAUGAGGGAAAACCGAGGGGAAUGUUAAAGUAUGCUGGAAAGAAGACGGGGUUGUUUGCGCGUUGUAAUUCAAACUGCAUUUAGAUGAUGGAUGCAGGCAUCCUGCUCCCUUCAUCUUUGGAAAACAUGAUGCAGCCGGUUUUCUUUUAAAACCCGGACCGUUAAUCUCGGCUAAUCACCACAGAAUCCUGCCUUGGUGGUGUGAUCAGCUUGGUUUUAAAUCAGGAAUGAUUCAUCAUGGGAAGGAGAGAAGAACCAGAGGGAUCAUGCAAAGUAUUAGGACUCAUCCAUCGCCAGUUUGAACAUUUUUGCACAGUUUUAAAGUAAUGCAAUAGGGAGAGAGAAACAGAUAUGGGAGGAGAGACCCUCAUUUUUCAUAUCAAUUUUGUCUGUUUUUGUUUUUUGGUUUUUUUUGGAACUGGGGACUUGAAAACGUCGCAGCUUCAGGCGUUUUGCCCAUAACUUCUAAAUCGGAGCCGGGCUUGCAUUGGUGUGUGUUUGGGCUCCAGUCCAAUGUUUGUUGGUGUAGAGCAAAAAGGCAAAAACCCAUUCCCCAUGUAUGGAGGUUUAUUUUUGUUUUAAGCGUUCCAGUUUUGAGUGAAUCGGGCUUGAAUCAAAUAGUGUUUGUCUGAGUGUGUUCAUGUGUAAAAGAAAAGAAAAGCUGACAUCAUUCCAGAGAAAAGAUAUGCUCAAAUAUAUUAUUUCUUUAUGUUUAUCUGAUGUCUUAACAUUGUUUUCGUUGUGACAAUAAAGCAAAUCAACAUCCUUCUUUUAAAGACGUGUUAAAGAAAGUGUGAAAGGGAUUUGUUUUUGUGUUGUUUGGUUGUUGUUUUUUUUAAAUUGGUGAGCAGUCUCGCUGCGCCCCUUAUGUAUGCAUCUUUCUGGGUUUGUUUUCUUAUGAUUGCAAAACUGAAUCAUCCAACCACCAAUUAAAAUAUUUCAUUUUUACA